GCCUCACGCCCCUCCAAAUACACCACGCACAAACCAAAACCACAAACAUCAACAAAACCAUGCCCCAAACCAACCAGCCCAAUCCCCCAGCUCUCCUCCUCAUCCCCGGCUCCUGGCACACCCCCCAAAGCCUAAAAUACCUGGAAUCCCACCUCGAAUCCCAAGGCUACCCCACAGAAACAAUCUCCCACCCCUCUAACGGCUCCAUCCCCCCCACAGAAACCCUCUCGGACGACACCACCUACCUCCGCACCACCCUCACCCGCCUCAUCGAAGAAGAACACAAAUCCGUCGUCCUGAUAUCCCACUCUUACGGCGGCCUCGUGAUGUCCAACGCCAGCGCCGGAUUCGGGAAACCAGAUCGCGAGGCCCGGGGCCUGGACGGGGGGAUCAUUCUCCUGGUCUACAUGGCCGCGAUGGUGGUGGGGGAGGGGCAGAGCCUGUUUGGACGUUUUGGGGAGUGGAGGCCUGAGUGGAUGGGUGUUGAGGGCGACUACUGCCGUGCGCUUUCGCCCCUCACAACGUUUUAUCAUGAUCUUACGCCACAGAUGCAGGAGGAGGCGGUGGCGCAGUUGACGCAUAGUUCGCUUGGGGCUUAUACAGAGGUUGUGGGGUAUGAGCCGUGGCGGGCGAUGCGGUGUGCUUAUAUUCUUUGUGAGGAGGAUCGGGCGAUGCCGGUUGCCGUGCAGGAGAUGUUAGUUGGGAUGAUGAGGGCUGGGGCGGUGUUUCCGGUGCUUACGGGGAGGUUGCCGGCGUCGCAUUCGCCGUUUUAUAGUAUGCCGGGGAGGACAGCCGGGGUUAUUGGGGGUUUUAUUGCGGAGGUUUUGGGGGAGAGGGUUUGA